AUGGUCAAGCCAAGCAUCUCAAUCUUCAAUGUCAGUACCGUGGCGCUGUGCGCCAUCACCUUUUGCGUGUGGGCCAUCACGCUCUCGUCCCUGGCCGGCCUUCAGCAAACCUGCGAGAACAUCCCGGAGGCGUCGAUUGGGGGCAGCGCCACCCACAAUGCAGGCGGCCUCGUGGGAGUGCGCGGGUUCAGCGCAAAGUUUCAGACCUGCACGGAGCUUUUUGGCUACUACUGGUGGAUUGUCAUCUUCGAGCUCGCCCUGCUUGCUUCCCUGGCGGGUGCACUCUACGCCGGCUGCACCGAGAAGGUCCGCACACCCCUAGUUGGCGUGCUGGUUGUGGUUUCAUCCCUUUGGUUCCAGAUGACUGACUCUUUCCUGGCGCUGGAGGGCGUCGGCAACUACGCGGACGGCCAGCCCCUGCAUCGCGCACGCACCAUGGGGGCCGGGUGCGUCGCCACGGGCCUGCUCAACCUCCUCAUGAUCGUCGCGAUCGGCAGUGACUUUGACGCUUGGCCAAAGGACAACUUCAAUGCCCAUGUGGACGAGGGCGGCUGCCAGGCCGGGCAGGCGCAAGGGCCGGGCCGCACUGGUGCCGCCGUUGCCUGA